AUGGAUUCUAUUAUUGGCUAUGGUGGUGUUACUAGAGAUCAUAAUGGUAAUUAUAUGUUGGGUUUUACUGGUCCUACUGCUAAUUGUGAUGAAAAUUUUUCUAUUACCUAUGUUGUGCUUCAUUGUUUAAGUCUUUGUUCCAAUCUUAAUUACAUGAAUGUUGUGGUCGAGGUUGCUUCUUACUUUGAUUAUCAUUCUCUUAAUUCUAAGGAGGAUAAAGUUUGUUCCUCUGCUUUGUUUUAUAUUCGAAGGGACAUUAGGAAUUUAUUGAGUAUUUUAAACAACUCUUUCUCUGUUAUUCUUGAGGAGGGAAAUGCUUGUUCUCAGUCGAUUGCUAGAUGGGGUUUUAGUUUGAAUGCUAUGACUGAGAUUUUGGUUCCUAUUCUACCUUUUAAGGUUAAAGGCCUCUUAAGAUUGAAUCAAAUUGGUUUAUCAUAUGUUACUUCUUAG